AUGAGCUGAUGGAACUGGGGAAUCACACCAGGGUAAAGGAAUUUGUUUUUGUGGGGCUUACCCAGUCUCCAAAGUUGAGCAUCAUCUUAUUUCUUUCAUUAUUCCUAAUACACAUAAUAACUCUACUGGGAAAUCUCCUUAUCAUGCUCACUGUGACUUGUGAGUCUCGCCUCCACACACCUAUGUACUUCCUGCUCCGAAAUCUAUCCAUUUUGGAUAUCUGCUUCUCCUCCAUCACUGCUCCAAAGGUUUUGAUAGAUCUUUUAGCUGAAAGAAAGACCAUCUCGUUCAAUGGUUGCAUGACACAGAUGUUUUUCUUCCACUUCAUUGGUGGGGUGGAUAUUUUUACUCUGUCUGUAAUGGCUUUAGAUCGUUAUUUGGCCAUCUCAAAGCCCCUUCACUAUGUGACCCUCAUGAGUAACGGAAGGUGUCUUGGGCUCAUAGUGGCCUCCUGGGUGGGGGGCUUCAUACACUCCAUUGUACAGAUCUGUCUGUUGCUCCCCCUCCCCUUCUGUGGACCUAAUAUCAUUGACAGUUUCUACUGUGAUGUCCCCCAAGUCCUCAAACUUGCCUGCAUCGAUACCUUUGCUCUGGAGAUCCUAAUGAUCUCCAACAAUGGUCUCCUCGCCGUACUUUGGUUCUUUCUACUCACUGUAUCCUACACAAUCAUCAUGGUGAUGUUGAGGUCUCAUACUGGAGAGGGCAGGAGGAAAGCCAUCUCCACCUGCUCCUCCCACAUCAUUGUGGUCACCCUGCAUUUUGUGCCCUGUAUCUAUGUAUAUGCAAGGCCUUUCACUGCCCUUCCCUCCGACCGGGUCAUCUCUGUCACCUUCACUGUCAUCUCCCCUCUCUUGAAUCCCCUGAUUUACACACUAAGAAAUCAGGAGAUGAAAUCAUCCAUGAGAAGAUUACACAGAAGACUUGUACCUUCUGCAAAGGAAUUGGCUCUGGGCUAACAGGGAAAAACUGACUUGAAUUUUAUGCUCGUUAUUUGCAUGGGACAGAUACUCCAGGAAGUAAUCCUUGCUAAUAUCUGCAUCCCGGGUAUAGUGAUGGGAGUGAUCCUAAGUAACCAGUGAAGACAAAGAAUUUAGAUUAUUACAAACACAAAAAAGCAAGGUACAUAAUAAGAUGCACAGACACUAGACCCCCUCCAUUCAAGAAUAUCUGUAUUAAAGAGUCCACAUUAAAAAUUGAAAAGCCAAUGGCCUGGGAACCAGGCGACAUGAACCUACUAACGGCUCACUGAGUGACCUAAGGCAAAUGAUGUAACCUCUCUGCAUGUUAUGACUGUAGGGAUUGGAGGGAAUGUUCUGAGGUCCCUUCCAACUUCAACAUUCUUUGGUCUCAAGUCCCUUCAGGCUCUAACAUUCUACAUAAAUAAUAAUUGCUUUCAUUUAUAUAAUGGGGACUUAGGCAGAAGAGCCCCUGACUUAAUUGAAGAAGCUGACAAUCACCUUGAAAUCAGCCAGUCACAGAAGGGACCAACCAAGAAGUUCCUUGUGUCUCUCCAAUGGGAAGGGAUGAAGGGAAUUGUCUACUUUUCCAGAAAAUUUCCUUUUCAACCAAAGACCCAAGUUCUAUAAUUUUAUUACUGAUGUAGCAAAGCACUCAACCUCGAUUGGCCUCAAUUCCUUAUUUUAAAGCAGAGAAAUUAGACAAGAUGCCCUUCGAGGUAUCAUCCAUUUCCAAGUUAUGACAACAACAAGAUUAUUCGAUGAUCAGUUCUGAGGACGUGGCUCUCUUCAACAAUG